AGUGGUUAAAAAUUAUGUUAACUGGUUUAACUGAAUACCUCAGUGGCCCUGUUUGGACUUUGUUCAAUAAUUUUUCAGGUUCUCAAAAUAAGGAAGAACAAAAGAAAGCUGACAUGGGAGAGUUAAGUAUUUGUAUUUGCAUUGGCUUGAAGAAACACAUGCUGAUGGUUAGAGAAGACACCACAGUGGAGGAACUUGCAUAUAUGAUUUUUCUUGAGGUGCUAGAGGAAUCCCCUCCAUCAACUGAAGAGCCAUUGUGUUCUUUAAUUAGAAUGCUCUUCAGAGGACGCCAGCUGACCACUCCCAGCCUCACCAUGGGAGCUCUUCGUGUGAAGCAUGGCGAGCGCAUCAUGGUCUUGCUCAAGAACAAUCAUGGAUACACUGCCCAAAAAUUAUCCAAAAGUCCUGAACAAAAUGUACAUCCUGCCUUCAGAAAUUUGCAGCAAUUGAAAGAGGAAGCGGACCGUUGUGAAGACAAGGUCCGUGAGCUCUCAGAAGACAUUGAUUCAGUAGUGCCUGAGCUGGAGGAGUGUCGGAACAAGCUCAAGACCAAACUAAAAGAUGUCGUCGCUUGCAACGAGGAGCACGAGAAACUUCUGCUCAAACUCGAUGCCAUUGAAACUGAGGGUGAUGAUGACAUCAGAGCAGAGCGCAAGGCGCUGGUGGUGCGACUCCAGAAGAGCUUGAGUGCUCUCGACUCCCUCUCUUCCUCUGCCUCCAAAGCUUUACACGACCAAUCUUAAGCUGCGUCAUCAAUUGUUCUUAUGGCUAAGUUAUGGACCAUAUUCUUUUGAGUUAGGCUAGGUAUAGAUAUUCUGUACUGUUAUAUGAACCAAUUAAAUUUCCGAUCAAUGAACCUAGCUGAACAACUCAGCUUCGUGUUAUUAUUUAGUCCUUAGGUUUGAAUCUUAGUGCAUUCCGAUUUUGGUUCGUUAAUAGCUUUGACAUUUAGCUAGUGUAUAGGUUUUAUUUAAGUCAAAAUUAAUUUGUAAUACAUCUUCCACAAGUUAAUGUAAAUUUGUUGUGCAACCUUUGUUGAAUGAUGUCUUCGCGUGAUCGUUCACUUGCGUUCUGAGCAAGUAUAAUCAUAAAGGGUAACCUUUCUUUUCUGCUAAAUAUUACUAAGGCUUCAUAGUACAACUGGUAUAAGUUUAAUUAUUUAUUAAUUCUUGCAUGUGUGCAUCUAGAUUUGUUCAAAUGAAGGUGAUUGUAAAUUCUUUUCUGUUUAGGACAUCAAAUAAAAAUUUCUUCACGCAUUUUAAUUUUUUCAUAAUGCUUGUACUUAAAUUUGUUCUGACGAUGCAAAAUUGUCUUGCUUUCAUCAUGUUCUUAAUAUUUUCCCUAAUGAACAUAUAAGGGUAAGAACAGCACUGUGUUGUGUGAAAAAAAUUGUGCGUUUCAGUCUUGCCAGAUUGUUGCAUUGGGGCUAAAAUUCUUGGCCAGUUUAUGGUCGUAGAUCAGCCUUGGUUCAAUAUCAAAAACAUUAGAUUUAGUUUUAAGUAAACGAUUUAAAUAGUUCUAGUUUUACAUCUCUGCAAAAUUGUUAUUAAACUUAUCAUCUUCUUUCACGGUAGUGAAAGAGAAAUAAAAAAGGUAUUUUAUGUACCCUCACUGAUUUAGUUAUUGAGACUGGAAAAGGAGGUGUUUCCUUAGUACCAUAGUUUGUAUCGUAAAUUCCUGCACAGCAUCAGUUCCGUUUCCCUUUGCUCGGUAAUUGCUGGCGUUUCUCGGAUGAAUUUGUUGAUAGUCUAUUGAACUAUCCCAAGUUAUUUAUUUUUAUGCCAUUAGCAUUCUUAAUCGAUGCAUUUUUGUUGACUACCGACAUGUAAUGGUGCUUUCAUUUUAAGAUGGCCUUUGAAUAAGAAAAGUUUUGCCCUUCAUCUUGAGGAAGCUAAGUCGUUUUGGUUCACUGUCGUUGUCGUGUUUAAAACCUAUAUGACGCUGCUAUAUUUUUUUUUAUUUUACUUCAAAUCCAUUAUAAUCCCCGUGCUCUUCGUUAAAAAUUAAAUUGAAAUUUCCAACAUUUAAAUAAGCACUGGCUUCUUCUGCUUUAUUUAUCUCACUGUUCUCGUUUUUUUAUGCAGACUGAGCAAGACUGAAUUUUAUUUUUGAGGAAAGAAAAUUCGAAAAUGCUGAAUAUUCCUUUCAACUCCAUUACGUUUUAAGGGAUAUUCCAAAAAUUUUCAUCAACUCAAAAUAUAAUUUUGAAUCCCAGCUUUUGUCUUCAUUGUGAAUAUACUCGCAUUGAUUUUCCAGACGUGCAUUGUAUUCAAAGUUAUGAUUUUAGUUUUCCCGUUUCUUAUUUGCCAUCAAUUUUAAUCUGUCAUUUUCUCCAUCAAUGUGAAAUGUAAAUUGAAUUACAGGCAUCAAGUUCAAUGAAGUUUAUCAGCAAUGUUGACGCUCAUAUUUACUGAAACUUGAAAGAACUAAUACAUUGAAAAUUUU